CGGAAGCGCGUGAACCCGCACGGAUGACAUGAGAAGCACAUUAUACGUAAUGCAUCAUAUGAAGUCACAUCUGAUCCCCAGUUUCAACCUUUGACUUGCAAUCACCCAGAAUCAUGGCCUCCGGCGACCAAGACCAAGAGUCUCUUCAGACUCAAAACCACUACUUGUGUGGUUCUCUAGCAGCGUUCGCCAACAUUGUUAUCACAUUUCCUAUUCACAAAGCCCUGUUCCGCCAGCAGCUGUUUGGCGUGCAUGCAUGGGAUGCCGUGCGAGGGCUCCAGAGGGACGGUUUGCGAACCCUAUAUCGUGGCAUCCUUCCACCGUUGCUCCAAAAAAGCAGCACAAUCGCAAUUAUGUUCGGACUCUACGAGGAUUUCUCCAGGAUGCUGAGGGUUUACGUUCCCGAAGCCCCCGUCCAGUUAAGAGAUGCCAUUGCAGCAAUAUUAGCAGGAACAGCAGAAGCAGUUUUGACACCAUUUGAGAGGGUGCAAACUCUACUGCAGGACCCUCGCCAUCAUGGGAACUUUCAAAACACUGCACACAUUUUCCGUGUUUUGCUACAGCAACAUGGCUUUCUAGAGCUGUACCGUGGCCUCGUCCCGAUCCUGAUCAGAAAUGGUCCCAGCAAUGCUUUGUUUUUUGGUUUGCGUGGACCGAUUAAGGAAUUUCUCCCUGAAGUUGAGUCAAAGGCUGGGCAUUUAAUUAAUGAUUUUGUAUGUGGAGGGAUUUUGGGAGCAGGUCUCGGGGUGGUGUUUUAUCCUCUAAAUGUGGCCAAGUCUCAUGCGCAGGUACAGAUCGGAGGACCGUUUCAGUCCUCCAGGGUGAUUUUAGCCAGUGUUUUGAGAGAGAGGGAUGGGAAGGUGAGCCGUCUGUUUCGGGGUGUGCAUUUGAACUUCCAGAGGUCGAUAUUUUCUUGGGGCAUCAUAAAUGCUGCGUAUGAACUCUUGUUGAAAAUGAUGUGAUGGAGAUGAGACGUGGAGUUAAGGUGGAAGAGCAUCCAUGAUUUGCAGACAUUAGUCUUCCUUUUAUUCUAUAUCUGCUGCUAAAAAAA